ACGUUCAAACGAUAAUUUGGCACGUUCAAAUAUCAAAAUCACAAAAUAAGAAAGAGAGACAUAGUAAUUGCUUUCAAGGAUAAUCGGAUUCUAUUUAUUUUGUUGUGUUUUUUUUGUUUUGAAAGAUCGUGUGGCGGGUAAAUUGUGUUUUUGAACAUAUUACGAGUAAUAAACGCGCGCAGUGAUUGACUUUUAUCUUUCUUUCAAAGUGAAAGAGAGGCUUAAGUUACUUAGUUGGUGGAUAUUACUUAAUUUUCUUCAGUGAAUUAUAUAAAUAAAACUAUAAAAAAGAGGAUUAUUGGAUAUCGAUAAAAUGAGAAUACCGUCAGUUUUGUUCUUUUGUCUCCUUCCUUUUGCAACAAUAGCCGAAUAUGAUGAAUCUUCAACUAGAAAGAUCAAUCUUGAAGACAUCGAAGAUGAUCAUAUCAAAAACGAAAGACAAUCACAAUCAAUGCCCCCACCGCUCAGUAAGCAGCCGGCCAAAGGUCAGCCAGUUCAACUGUAUCCGCCUCUUUCCAACGAAGCUUAUCCAAUACCAAGUCUUUUCAACGUUCAUCACUAUUCAACAAGGGCACAUCACCAUUCUGCCCAUGUCCAACCACUAACCGAUCAACCGACUGCACCAGCACCAACUCCAUCAGAAGCCGGCUACCACCAUCAACAAUUACCAUCGGCUUACCGUGGUGAAGAAAUUGUCUAUAUACCCGCCGAAGGCCAACACCAGUCACCUCAUAAUCCGCAACAGUUGUAUGACGUCGGAGGUGUUGGGAGCGUCGAGCAGCAACAGCCGUCACCACAUUUCUAUUACAGUCACGAUUUGCCACCACACCAGCAUCCAACAGCCGGAAGCGGAAAUGCACACGAAAACGAAUAUCAGUUACAGUUUAUUCCGAUUGAACAACAUGGCGGGUCUGCUGAACAACAACAACAACAGCAACAUCAACAUCACCAUCAACUCCAACACUCUUACCAUGGUCCAUCACCAGUGAUCGUUCCGUCAACAGCUGCACCAGUAGAGCCUGUUUCAUACUCCCAUGACAUGACUUAUGAUGGAGUUCUUCAACCAGAAAUGCAUCCACAUCCAUCAUACAAUCAUCAACAUCAACAUGAACAACAACAACAACAGGAACCAGCGCAGUACCAAAUUAACAAUGGAAUUCGUGAGUCAAAUGCUCAGCAACACGUGUAUGGACUUCCUCCGGAUGUGCUCUUCCAGUCUCAAAAAGACAUUGAGUAUGCAAAGCCAGCGGAAAACUACGGACCACCACCAUUGGAGUACUUCAAGAAGGAGCCAUACUCCCAAAGAGAUUUUUCUCAAGAUAACACAGCUCCAAAAACAAGAACAACCCCAGAGUCAAGCUAUCAAGGGGAGACCAGUUAUUCUGAUCAAAUAAAAUCUAUCGACUAUCAGAGUGGUCCCUCACAUCAACUUGAUUCAAGUUCAUCGAAUUCACAAACGUCAUAUCGUCAAAAAGUCAAAGCACAUGAGUCCGCUUUAAGCUAUGGAUAUGACAAUCAGGUUGACCAACUUAGUAAAAGCACAACUGAACCAAAAACCUACUUUUCAAAGCAACAAACCGAUUUCAAAUACAACCAAGCAUCGUCGGCUGAAGAGAAUAAAAUUCCAGCCAUAAGCGAUGGCUACCAAGAUUUUCCAGCACCAUCAGCCCCCUCCGAAACCCAAACGUAUUAUUUGAACCAUCUCAAGGCAAUCAAGGCCGUUCAUCAUGCCGAAAGCGUGAGCAAGCCUGCCAUUAUCUAUGGCCCUCCGGACACAAUUGGCAAGGAACCUCAGAUUGAAUAUGGCGCACCCGAUGCUCCAUUCCGUCGACCAGUAGCCCAAUCGAACCAAGACGUCUAUGCCCCUCGACGACCUUCAUCUGCAGGUCGAUCUUAUGGAAAGUCUUUUGCUGUCAGCUUCCCCUAUCCUCCAUCGUUUGUCAGCUUCACUACAGAAAAGUCUUCUGCUGUUGCUACUGGGAAGUCAUUAAAGGAUUUCGAUUCUUCAGCAAAUAAUGACGUUAACCCAUGGCGACCAAUUGUGAGCCCUUUACCGAAAACCCAAUACCGUUCAUUUGGACAAAUAUCAGAAUCCACUGAUAGUCAUCAACCUAUUCCCGACUUCUUCCACACUCGCAGAGCUAAAAGUCUUCUUGAUUCAUAUAUUCCAAGCUGGUUGGUAGCCCGAAUGCAAGAACAACAUGCACGUCAAGGUCUAGAAAGUCCGUCUACUCAAGCCGAAGACGCCUACAACACAAUUUCAUAUUCUUCACAGGAAAAUGUCAAUGGUAAUCAUUUUAAGCGAUCUAUCCCAAAGAAAAAGGAUCAUCAAAAGAAGAAAGUUCAAGCUUCGAAUGAAGAAAUGACUGCCAUGGAAUAAGCAGCAGAGAUUUAUGUUUACAAUCCUCUUGAGGAUUAACUUUUGGUGUCUGACAAGUUCAAUUUUUAAGACUAAGCUUUUGAUUAUAUUUUAUACAAAAAUGUUUAAUAUUUAUUAUUUUUUUCCUACACCAGUGCUAGAGAUAACAUUGAUUUUUCAUUUUUUAUUUUAAUGUUUUGAUAUUUUUUAA